CCCGCGACCCUUGUGGGGAUAAGCGCCUAAGGAAAUGAAUGGAUGGAUGGAUGAUUUUAUUUUAUUUUUAAGUCUUUUUUUUUAAACAAAGCGGCAAUUAUUUUAAAAGAAGGUUUGAAUUAUUAAUAAUAGUGCUUGUUUGGAGUCCAGCUCUUCCUCCCUCCCUCCCUCCCUCCGUGGUCUUCCUCCUCUCCACUCCCGCCGCUCUGAGCUCCCGGACUCAUCACCGCCGAGCACCACGAUGACACCGGCUCUUCGCUAACCGGGAGUCGGCUUUCCACGGUUGCAUUCCGCGGGAGGCGGGAACCGCUGUCCACCGCCCCCGCCGCCGCCGCAUGAACCAUCCCAAAGGGAGUGUACACACUCGUCUUCCCUCCGCUUGUCCACACACGCAUUUGCCUUCACGCUGAGUGUGUCUUUAAAAAAAAAAAAAGGCGGCGGCAGUGGAUAAAGUGGAGAUAAAGUCAAUGUUUCUUCUGCCCCGUGUCGAUCCGCUUUGCCCCGGAGACAUAACAGAUCGGCCCUCAAGGACCCCUUGCCGCUGGUCCCCCACCUUCGGUCAGGAUGUCAUGGCGUCCUCAGUACCGCAGCUCCAAGUUCCGACACGUGUACGGCAAGGCGGCCACCAAGGAGAACUGCUUCGACGGUGUGCCAAUCACGCGCGGCGUCCAGGACAACAACUUCUGUGCUGUCAACCCUCGCUUCCUUGCCGUCGUCACAGAGUGUGCGGGGGGUGGAGCCUUCCUGGUUCUUUCUGUUCAUCAUACGGGUAAAGUAGACCCUCACCACCCGCGAGUGUCGGGCCACAGGGGCAACGUGUUGGAUGUGAAAUGGAAUCCCUUCGAUGACUACUGCAUCGCCUCCUGCUCCGAGGAUGCCACGGUGAAAGUGUGGGAGAUCCCCCCUCACGGUCUGCUCAAGAACAUGACUGUGGCCUUGAAAGAGCUACAGGGUCACAGCCGCCGGGUGGGCCUCAUUGAGUGGCACCCCACCGCCAAAAACAUCCUCUUCAGCACCGCGUACGACUACAAGGUGAUGAUCUGGAACCUGGACUGUCCAGAGCAGGUGAUUAAGAAUCCCGUGCGGACCAUCAGCCACCACACAGAUGUUGUACUGUCCAUGUCCUUCAACGUGGACGCCAGUCUCAUGGCCACCACGUGCAAGGACAGGAAAAUCCGGCUCCUGGAGCCACGGUCGGGGACUCUGUUGCAGGAGGCCAACUGUAAGACGCACAAGGCCAGCAAGGUGCUGAUUCUGGACAACGUGAACAAGCUGCUCACCUCAGGCACGUCUAGAUGGAACGACAGACAAAUUGCGCUCUGGGAUCUGGAUGACCUAUCAGUGCCUUUGUUAGAGGAAAACCUGGAUGGUUCGUCGGGGUUCCUCUUUCCGUUCUACGACCCCGACACACACAUGCUGUACCUGGCUGGAAAGGGAGACGGGAACAUCAGGUACUACGAGAUCAGCUCUGAAAAGCCAUACAUCCACUACCUGACGGAGUACCGCUCCAAUUUACCUCAGAAAGGGAUGGGUGUGAUGCCAAAGCGAGGUUUGGACGUGAGUUCAUGCGAAGUGUUCCGGUUCUACAAACUGGUGACCAUCAAGGCCCUCAUUGAGCCUCUGUCCAUGAUCGUCCCUCGCAGGUCGGAGUCGUACCAGGAGGACAUCUACCCGAUGACGGCGGGCAACAAGGCCGCCUUGACUGCGGACGAGUGGCUUACCGGCAUCGACCGAGGCCCUGUGCUGAUGUCGCUGAAGCCGGGCCACCCCACGGGGGAGUCUGACGGCGAAUGCGAGAAAGAUCAGGCGUACAUCCGAGACCGGCUGAUCGCCAAAAAUGGCGGCAAGACGGACAGCAACGGCGUGGCCGGGAACGGCGGGACGACUGUUAGCAAUGGGCAAGACUUCCUGCUCUGCUCACCGCCCAAGACGGAAAACGAGCUUCGCGUGAAGUUCUACAAGCAGCAGGACGAGAUCCGGCGGCUGGUGGAUCUUCUCCACCAGCGAGACGUGCGCAUCAAGCAGCUGGAGCUGGAGAUCAACAACAUGAAAAACUCACAGCAGAACUCACUUGAACACUUUUAGCAACAUCGUUUUUUUUUUUUUUUUUUUUUUUUUUAAAUAUGCAAGUCCUUCCUAUAGUCGCCACACACACACACACACACACACACACAAGGUGCACAUAUUGUUGAUGUAAAUACACUCAGCGAUUCUCACCCAUACGCUUUUUAUGAACUUUGCACGUUUAUCUUGUAUCGCAGCUAUGCAAAUUUUUUAAGCUUUUUUUUAAUGCUUUUUAUUUGCCGAAAGACAAAAAAGGCAACGGUUUCCGCUGGGGGGGAAAAAAAAGUGAUUGUACACAAUUUUGUUUAUGUCAAUCUUUCAAAAAGUACACGGAAAAGAAAAAAAAUAGUAGCUUGAAAAAAGUUGUGAAGUGUAAUUGGUAAAAUUCACAACCAUUCUUGUAAAAAAAAGAAAAACGAAAAUU